AACUUCAGAGGCGAGACACGAUCCAGAGAGAGAGAAAAAAACAUGGCGAAAGCUUGCGAAGUGAAGCGGAUGAAGCUAGGAAGCCAAGGCCUUGAGGUCUCGGCGCAGGGCCUCGGUUGCAUGGGCAUUUCCUCUUUCUACGGUCCUGCCAAGCCUGAAACUGACGCCAUCGCUCUUCUCCACCACGCCAUUGAUUCCGGCAUUACGUUUUUCGAUACCUCCGACGUCUACGGUCCUGAAACCAACGAGUUGCUUCUCGGCAAGGCUCUGAAGUAUGAUGGAGUGAGGGGGAAAGUGGAGCUUGCGACCAAGUUUGGAGCCACUUAUGCGGAAGGCAAGAGAGAGGUAAGAGGAGAUCCUGCUUAUGUGAGGGUUGCUUGUGAAGCAAGUUUAAAACGGCUUGAUGUUGAUUGCAUUGAUCUCUAUUAUCAGCAUCGGGUUGAUACUCGUGUCCCUAUCGAAAUCACUAUGGGAGAACUGAAGAAGCUAGUUGAAGAAGGUAAAAUAAAAUACAUUGGUUUGUCUGAAGCAUCUGCCUCAACUAUCAGAAGAGCACAUGCUGUUUACCCUAUUACUGCUGUGCAGUUAGAAUGGUCCCUGUGGACGAGAGAUGUGGAAGAAGAAAUCGUCCCAACCUGCAGGUAUCUUAGAUUACAUCGUCCUUUCUUUGUCCAUAUCCAUCAAUAUUCAUGUUCACUUUCUUUCUUCAGGGAACUUGGAAUUGGUAUUGUUUCUUACAGUCCUCUAGGACGAGGCUUCUUCGCAUCAGGACCAAAGCUUGUUGAGAAGCUGGAUAAUGAUGACUUCAGAAAGACUCUACCAAGAUUCCAACAGGAAAACUUAGACCACAACAAGAUUCUCUACGAGAAGGUUUGCGCAAUGUCCGAGAAAAAAAGAUGCACUCCUGCACAACUAGCCCUUGCAUGGGUUCACCACCAGGGUGAUAAUGUUUGCCCUAUCCCAGGAACCACUAAGAUCGAAAACCUCAACCAGAACAUUGGAGCUUUAUCUGUGAAGCUCACUCCAGAAGAGAUGUCUGAGCUCGAGACCAUUGGACAGCCAGAGUCUGUAAAAGGAGAAAGAUACACUGCAAUGGUCCCCACCUUUAAGAACUCAGACACUCCACCAUUGUCUUCUUGGAAAGCCACCAUUUGA